GCAGGCAGCCACCAGAUGCAUGGGAGGAAGGCUUCUCUCAAGAGCCCCGAGUCCUGCCCAGAAAAACCAGAGAGGACCCAGGAGUUCCCGGAUUCAAGUCUGCACUGGCCAGAAGGCUUGAAGGGCGAAGAGAUAAAGAAGUGCAGCCGGGAAGGGAUACUCCUGAGUAAAUACAACCAGCAAUACCACAAGCUGUUCAAGGACAUCCCCUCAGAGGAGGUGGUCCUCAAAGUGUGCUCCUGCGCCCUCCGGAGGGACCUGCUUCUCCAGGGACGUCUCUACAUUUCCUCCAACUGGCUCUGCUUCCACGCCAGCCUCUUUGGCAAGGAUAUCAAGGUGGCCAUUCCUGUAGUGUCUGUGCAGAUGGUUAAAAAGCACAAGAUGGCUCGUCUCCUUCCCAAUGGCCUGGCCAUCACCACCACCACCCAGAAGUAUGUCUUUGUGUCACUGCUGUCCCGGGACAGUGUCUAUGAUAUGUUGCGGAGGAUCUGCACGCAUCUCCAGCCUUCCAGCAAGAAGAGUCUGAGCAUCAGAGAAUUCCCAGAGGAACCCGAGUGUGAGUCUCUGGAAGUCCUCAUCCCUGAAAUGAAGUGGAGGAAAGUGUGCCCUGCUUCCAGGUCCCUGUCACUCCCGGACCACAUCCCCAGUGCUCCGUGCACCACCUUGGACUCUACAGAGAGUUUCUUCCCCUCCAGGAAGUCUUUGAAGGAAAAGAUACGAGCCUCGGGAGCUUGGAUGAAUGGGGGAGCAAGUAGGUCUGUUCCAGGCGACAGGACCAGAAAAUGCCUUGUGUUCUUCUCGGCAGAUGCCACUGCUUGUGCAAAGGAGAAGCCGGAGGAGGAGAAGAGCAAGAGCGAUGGGGAGCUACGGCUGUGGGAUUAUCGGCUCCUCAAGAUCUUCUUCGUGCUGAUCUGCUUCUUGGUCGUGUCCUCCUCCUACCUGGCAUUCCGCAUCUCCCGGCUGGAACAGCAGCUCUGUGCCCUCAGCUGGGAAGGCCCAGUACCAGGACACAGGUGA